CUGCAGCAGAAAAUUAUUCCUGAUGAGGAUCAGCUAAUGGCAAUAGCACUGGAGUGCAUCUACAACUGUGAACGAAGUGACCAGCUUGCUCUCUGUUAUGACAUCUUAGAAUGUCUUCCACAAAGGGGAUAUGGUCAAAAGACAAAAGUAACCACAUCUCUUCAUGACAUGGUGGACCAACUGGAACAAAUCCUCAGUGUGUCAGAACUUUUGGAAAAACAUGGACUGGAGAAACCGAUUUCUUUUGUUAGGAACACUCAGUCCAGCUCAGAAGAGGCACACAGCCUGAUGGUUAGACUGACCAGGCACACAGGUCGGAAGCAGCCUCCUGUGAACGAGUCUCAUUGGAGAACAUUGCUACAGGACAUGCUGACUAUGCAACAGAAUGUGUACAGAGGUCUGGAUUCCAGUGCUUGCUAUGAGAUAUUUACAGAAAGCCUUCUCUGUUCCAGUCGCCUUGAGAACAUCCACCUAGCAGGACAGAUGAUGCACUGUAGUUCCUGUUCGGUAAAUCUUCCACCCAGUGCGGCCCAUAAAGGGAACCCCCCGUACAGGGUCAGCUAUGAGAGAAGUCUUGACUUGGUUUUGGCUGCCAGCAGAGAGUACUUCAACUCUUCCACCAGCCUCACUGACAGCUGCAUGGAUCUGGCCAGGUGCUGUUUACAGCUGAUAACAGAUAGGCCUGCUGCCAUUCAGGAAGAGCUGGACCUUAUCCAGGCCCUUGGUUAUCUUGAAGAAUUUGGGGUGAAGAUCUUGCCUUUGCAAGUACGCUUGUGUUCUGAUCGGAUCAGCCUUAUGAAAGAGUGUAUUUCCCAGACUCCCACAUGCUACAAGCAAUCUGCCAAACUUCUAGGCCUUGCUGAGUUGCUGAGGGUUGCAGGUGAAGACUCAGAAGAAAGACGUGGACAGGUGCUGAUCCUGUUAGUAGAGCAAGCUCUUCGUGUCCAUGACUAUAAAGCAGCCAACAUGCACUGUCAGGAGCUGAUGGCCAUAGGAUAUACAAGAAGUUGGGAUGUUUGUAGCCAGUUAGGACAGUCAGAAGGUUACCAGGACUUGGCUACUCGUCAGGAGCUCAUGGCUUUUGCUUUGACACAUUGCCCUCCUAGCAGCAUUGAACUACUUUUGGCAGCUAGCAGCUCUCUACAGACAGAGAUUCUGUAUCAGAGAGUGAAUUUCCAGAUCCAUCCUGAAGGAGAAAAUGUUACUGUCUCACCAUUAAUUAGUAAAGUGCCACAAGAGGAUGAUGUUAAUGCUCCAGGCAGCAACUCUGCUGACCUGUUACACUGGACGACUGCCACCACCAUGAAAGUCCUGUCCAACACCACGACCACCACCAAGGCUGUGCUUCAGGCUGUCAGUGAUGGGCAGUGGUGGAAGAAGUCCUUAGCCUACCUGCGGCCCCUGCAAGGACAAGAAUUUGGUGGUGCAUUUCGAAUGGGAACUGUGGCCAAUGAAGACCUAGAAAAGCAAGGAUGCCAUCCUUUUUAUGAAUCAGUAAUCUCCAAUCCCUUUGUCACGGAGCAGGUCCCUAUGGAGAGCUUUGCUGAGGUUUUACUCAGGACUGGAAAGCUGGCAGAGGUGAAAACGAAAGAAGUGUUUCCAACCACAGAAGUUCUGUUGCAACUAGCAAGUGAUGCUUUGCCGAAUGACAUGACAUUGGCUCUUGCUUAUCUCCUUGCAUUACCACAGGUGUUGGAUGCUACCAAGUGCUUUGAGAAACAAUCUCCCUCAGCAUUGUCUCUCCAGCUGGCAGCUUAUUACUACAGCCUCCAGAUCUAUGCACAACUGGCUCCAUGUUUUGAAGAAAUGUACCAUCCUCUCUACAGGGUUGAUCCCAAGGAACUAAUCAAGAUGGUCACAAAGCAUGUGGCUCAACAUGGACAUGAGACCUGGCCAGAGGACCUGGUGUCACUGACCAAGCAGCUGAACUGCUACAAUGAGCGCCUGCUGGAUUUCACUCAGGCACAGCUCCUCCAGGGCCUGCGGAAGGGUGUGGAUGUGCAGCGGUUUACUGCCGAUGAUCAGUACAAAAGAGAAACCAUCCUGGGUCUGGCAGAAAGCCUUGAGGAAAAUGUCUACGGCAUCGCUCUUUCUCUGGCACAGCGAUACAGUGUCUCUCAGUGGGAAGUCUUCAUGACCCAUUUGGAGUUCUUGUUCAGUGACAGUGGUUUGUCCACUGGAGAAAUUGAAAAGCGAGCCCAAACUCUUCAUCUCUUUAACACUUUGAAGACAGAUCCUGAAUCCUUUCAUAAGCGCAUGGUCAAGUAUAUCUACCCCACCAUUGCUGGCCUUGACCAUGAAAGACUACUGUAUUAUUUCUCUCUCCUGGAAAACUAUGGCUGUGUGGACUUGGAGAAAGCUGUCAUUAAGCCAGAAACCCACAUUAGGCUUCUGAAGAAGUUUAAAGUAGUUGCGUCAGGUCUGAAUUAUAAGAAGUUGAUAGAUGAAAACAUGGACCCUCUGGAAGUGCUGGAGCCAGUGCUGUCAAGUCAGAAUGUCUUAUCUAUUUCCAAACUUGCUCUCAAAAUCCCUAGCAGGGAUGGGCAGAUGCUUUCCCCAAGCUCUCUGUAUACCAUCUGGUUGCAGAAAUUGUUUUGGACUGGAGACCCCAACCUCAUCAAGCAGGCUCCAGAGUCCUUCCCAGAGUGGCUUCAUGCCUAUGAUGUCUGUCUGAAGUACUUUGAUCGCCUUUGCCCUAGUGACCUCAUCAUUGUUUUGGAUGCCAUUACAUUUUCUCCAAAAGCUGUGACCAAGCUCUCAGUGGAAGUACGUGAAGAGAUGACUAGAAAGGCCAUUAAGACAGUCAAGCAUUUUAUUGAAAAACCAAGGAAAAGAAAUGCAGAAGACCCUGAGGAAGCUCGGGAUUCUAAGGUCACCUAUGCAGAUGCCCUGAAUCAUCUAGAGCAGUCGCUUGCUCACUUGGAAACCCUCAGCCACAGCUUCAUCCUUUCUCUGAAGAACAGCGAGCAGAAAAUGCUACAGAAAUAUAGUUACCUGUACGAUCUGUCCCGAUCAGAGGAAGGAAAACUUCAUGACCAAGCCGUGGCCAUGUGUUUAGAUGGUCAGCCUCUAAGAAUGAUUCAGCAGCUGCUAGAGGUGGCGGUUGGUCCUCUCAACUUCUCACCCAAGGAUGUAGUACACAGUGCAGUCAUGAAAAUAAUCUCUGCAUUGAGUGACAGCAGUACCAACUAUGGUGGGCCACAGGACCCCCUUCAGCUCCUGGAAGGCAUUGUUGGGGCAGUCCACGCCAGUGUGGACAAGGGGGAGGAGCUGGUGUCAGCUGAGGAGCUGCUGGAGUGGCUGCGACCUUUCUGUGCCAAUGAUACCUGUCCCGUGAGGCCCCGUGUCCAGGCGCUGCAGAUCUUGGGGCAGUCCUUCCAUCUGAGUGAGGAGGACAGCAAGCUUCUGGUAUUCUUCCGAACAGAAGCCAUUCUCAGAGCCACAUGGCCCCAGAGACAGGUGGAUGUAGCUGACAUCGAAAAUGAAGAGAGCCGCUACUCUCUGUUCAUGGAGCUCCUGGAGUCUAGUCACCAGGAGGGCGAAUUUCAGCACUUGAUUUUGCUCUUGCAAGCUUGGCCACCUAUGAAAAGUGACUAUGUCAUAGCCAGCAAUCCGUGGGUGAGACUAGCGACUGUGAUGCUGACCAGAUGUACAGCAGAGAACAAGGAGGAACUCGGGAAUGAGGUGUUGAAGGUCUGCCGCGCUCUCUAUGACAGCACGCAGAUGCUGCCUGUGGAGGGUGUGAAGGAGCUGUGCCUGCUGCUGCUUCGCCAGUCCCUCCUGCUCCCAUCCCUGAAGCUGCUGCUCGAGAGCCGAGACGAGAAUCUACAGACCAUGGCCCUACAGCAAAUCUCAGCUGUCACUCAGGUGAAUGACUCCAAUUGUGACCAGGAGCUACUUUCUCUGCUCCUGGAUGCCAGGCUGCUGGUGAAGUGUGUCUCCACCCCCUUCUAUCCACACAUCAUUGGUCACCUUGUAGCCAGCAACCAGCAAGGACGCUGGGAUGCAGAGGAACUAGCCAGACACCUACAGGAAGCGGGCCAUGAAGCCGAAGCUGGGUCACUCCUCCUGGCUGUGCGGGGGACGCACCAAGCCUUGAGAACUUUCAGCACAGCCCUCAGCGCAGCACAGCACUGGGAAUGAGCACACCUACCCAUGGCCCUGCUCCUGGCAAGAUGGACCACUCCAACCCAGAAGCAGCACUUGUAGCGAUUCUUUGCUCUCAGUGUUUCCAACAAAUCAGAAAUAAAGGUGAAUAUAAAUGACAA